AUGUUAGCUAUAUUAUACUUGAUACCAUUGAUCUUGGGUAAUCAGUUCUAUCCAUUGACAGGGAAUGGAAAUAUACCCACCAUAGAGCCUUAUACGUUAGGACAAGAAAUAUUUAUGGAUUGUAUUUCCAGAAACAUUGAUAAUGGUGAACAUAAAUUUGAUGCUCAAGAUAGGAUCAUUCAUAUACCUUUCCCAGUAUGUAAGGAAACUGGUAAACCUUUAGCUUUCCAAUAUGGAAUCAGUGAAGAUAGAAACUGUACCAUUAACUUCAAUGAUGAAUUAUAUCAUUUAUUCCAAUUAUAUGUUCAUGAAGAUGCACCUUUCAGUUGUAGAAUACCUGUUAGUACUGAAUCCCAUUAUUUGGAAAAAGGUGGUGCUUAUAUUCCAUUAACAUUCAAUUUCAGAGGUGAAAUCCAUGAUAGUCAUUUAGAUAUUGAUCAAUCGAUGAAUGUUAUAUUCACUAAACCUUCAGCCCAAGAUCCAAGUCAAAAUUCUAUCAUUAGUGCCAUUGCUUAUAGUUCAAGUACUAAUGUCACUAGAGUUGUCAUAGGUAAUGAUUUAACAUUGAAUUUAGCUGUUAGAUGGUUGGAAAAUUCUCCUGUAAAUUCAAUUGGUAAUAAAUAUGGGAAAUUACCCUUUGGUGAUGGAUUUUAUAGUUUACCUAUGAACUCAAUUGCCAUAUCAUAUUCCACAAUGGUAUUAUAUUUCAUUAUUAUUGGUUUAGCUUCUUCAGCAGUUACUUGGGCUUUCAGUUAUAACAUGAUCAGUACGAAAUUCUCCAAAAGGUAUCAACCAUUAGAUCAAGAAUCUAUAAUUUCAAAAAGGGAUUAA